AUGCUGGACAUCCACGCCCCUGACCUGACCACGCAACAGACAACUGGAAAGCAAGCUGGCCGACCCGUUGUCGUAUUCAUCUACGGAGGCGCUUGGUCAUCGGGAUCUAAAAAAAUUUACACUCUUCUUGGAGCCCAAUUGAGAGAAAUGGGAUAUGUCGCCGUCAUCCCAGACUACACUACUUUCCCGCGCGGUCUAUCCAAGGAGAUGGAGGAGGAUAUUCAGAUGGCUAUUCAAUGGACUCAGGAGCAUUGCGAAAUCUACGGAGGAGAUCCCAGCCAGAUUUAUCUUAUGGGCCAUUCAGCCGGCGCGCACCUCUGCAGCCUGACGAUCAUCAAGGACUGUGUCCGGCAAUGGAUGAAUACCACUCGACAGGAGAGACAGGAGCUGAUCAAGGAAUCCCCUGUUCUCGCGGGUCUGUUGCAAGAAUGCGCCUCGCAGGAAAAGAUGUCGUUGAUAUCCGACAAGGGGCUUGGCCGACCGCUGCCGCGUCUCCGAGGGCUGAUUCUUUGCUCUGGAGUAUAUGACAUCUCGGCGCAUCUGGAGCAUGAAAAGAUCCGCGGCGUCGAGGAGGUCUCAGCCAUGUCGAGGGUGAUGGGAAACAGCCUGCUCUCCUUUGGCAUGAAUUCGCCAUCCAUGAUCCUGCAAGAGAUUGCUCGGACUUCACCCUCCUUGUCAUCCUCAACUCUGCCGGAGACUUCUUCUACUGUUUUCGACGCGGCCAAGGUCAAUGGUACACAAGAAGGCAGCUUGCAAUCGGACGACCAUCGGAGCCAUUUUCGGUCAUUGUUGCCUGAAAAGAUUCUGGUGGUUCAUGGAGAGGACGACAGGACGGUGCCUGCAAGCUCGUCGGUGCUCUUGCACAGUGCGCUUCGAUCGUUCUUGCCCACCCCGUCCGAUGCUGUGCGCUUGCAUGUCAUUUCAAACAUGACGCAUCAAGCACCUAUUGUUGCUAUUAUGCCAAGCGCCAAGGCACCGAGCCCGUUUACACAAUCGCUUGUGCAACUGUACCGCGACUUUAUCGACGACAGCAACACCAGUACCACCAUUGUUAUGUAG